CGUCCAAAUCAAAUCAAGCUGGGAAAUUGAGUGAAAUAUGGAAAUGCGGCGAUGAGAAUGCCAACCCAGAACAAAAAACCGCGAGCGGCGAAUUUCGAGAGCAAACCAAACGGAUUAAAUCCGCCGGACAAUUGUGGCAAAUUAGAUGAGAUGAAAUGAGAUGAGAUGAGAUGAGGAUGAGCAGUGUGGUGCAGAGUCUAACCGAGUGGAUCAGUCACCAAACGAGAUUCGCACAGCACCGCCACCAGCAGCAGCAGCAGCAAAGCGAUCGCGAUCUCCGCCAGCACUGUAUCCAUUUUCCAGAGAGUCAUGCAGGUCAAGUGCCUGAUCAUCUGCCUCGCUUUGGGGCUGCUCAUGCUGGCCACGCCCAUUUGCGAGGCGCGCCGAGGGCGUGGCCGUGGACGAACCAAGUCCAGGGUGCAGAUCGGUCUGCCAAUUACCGGAAAAUAUCGCGAUCCGGAGUCUGAUCAGUACUACAACAACAAUAAUGGCGCCAAAAUCCUGCAAGCCUCGCACUUUGACCUCGAGUACGUUUUGGGCCACAAGAUAGCCUUCUUGUGCGUGGCCAAGGGCAAUCCACGCCCACACAUCACCUGGUACAAGGACGGAGCGGAGAUCUAUCAGCAUCUCUACAUGCAUGUCCACGAAUGGCGCAUCGGCGACGACAAGGUCAAGUCGAAGAUCGAGAUUGACCCUGCCACCCAGAUGGACGCCGGUCUCUACGAGUGCACUGCCGACAACAUGUACUCCAUCGAUCGGCGCAGUUUCAAGACAGAUUUCUCCAUUGCCUUCGACUGAUCGACUCUAUUCUGUGUCCCUACGUUUUGCAUUUGCUACACUUGGCAAAUGAUUUUAGCAAAUCAUUCGAAGCCAGAUUAAGCUUUUUUUUUAAUUUUGAAAUAUAGUUUCAAAAGAGAUCUUAUCAAUUAAUAAAAAGAAAAUGUACAGAACAUUUUAUUGUCCGUAAAUUUGUAAAGCCAAUUUUAAAGAAUCGCUAUAUAAAAAAAUACAAUAAUAUGCAUAACAUAAGGGUUUGCAACCAAUUAUUGUAUGAACUAGUUUUUUUGUAACAACAUUAUUUUCGUAUUGUAAUACAUCAAAAUAAA